AUGCGUGGCUUAGUAAACAAACGUUAUCCAACAUUUGCACCGAAAAAUAGACAGUUGCUAUUUACUAUGCUGGUUGUAACUGCCGUGGUGAAUUCUGCUACAAAAGGAUAUGAUACCAUGAUGAUGUCAGGAUUAAUUGCAAUAGAUCCUUUUAUCAACUAUUUUAAUUUAAAUCCGAUUACAACAGGGUUAUUGAACGCAGCUAUGUGGAUUGGUUGUAUUAUAUCACCAUUGGCUAUUACUCCAUGCUGCGAUUUGCUUGGAAGGAAGCUCACAAUAUUUGUUUGUGCUUGGAUCUGCUUAAUUGGAAUAGUUAUUCAAAGUGCUUCUCAAAAUAUUGCAAUGUUUAUUGUGGCUCGAAUCAUAGUUGGAUUUGGCUGUCAGGUUACAGGAAGUGCAGCACCACUUUUAAUUGCGGAGAUAGUACCGGCAAACUUUCGUGGUAGUUUGGUAGGAAUAUACUUUACCAUGUUUAAUUUGGGGGCCAUUAUUGCAUCUAUUGUUACUUAUGGUACAGGUAUGUUAGAUUCAAAUUGGUCAUGGAGACUUCCGGCUCUUUUACAAUGCAUUCCAUCUAUAAUUUCGAUUUGCCUACUUUAUUUUAUUCCCGAAUCACCUCGAUGGCUACUUGGAAAAGGAAAUUAUAAAUAUGCAGUUGAAGUAAUUCAAGUUUCACAUGUUGUUUCAAAGGAAGAUGCAAGGGAAAAGGCCAACAAGAUUAUGUCUGGUAUCGAUACAGAUUCACCUUUUAAGGGACAAUUUAGAAAGUUAUUCUGCUGGAAAAAACCUAUGAUGAGGCGACUGGCAAUAAUAGUUUCUUUUGCAUUUCUUGUGGAAAUGGGUGGCUCUUCAGUUGGAACAUACUAUCUUACAGUGGUAUUAAAUCAGACAGGAAUUCACAGUAAUCAGAAAGUUCUUGAAAUAAAUAUGAUUAGCUCGUGCUGGAAUUUUGCGAUAUCUGUUGUGGGAACAUUUUUAUUCGAUUGUAUUGGCAGGAAAAAGCAAGCUUUCAUAAGCUUGAGUUGCAUGAUUGUCUGCUUUUUUGUUCUUGGUGCAUUUGUAGCCAAAUGGGGUGGCAGUACAACGAAUCGUUCCGCCCAAUAUGCCACUUUAUUCUGGAUGUUUCUAUUCAAUGGCUUCUACAAUUUUUGUUUCACACCCCUCAAUGUUUUGUACCCAUCAGAGAUUUUUCCAACCAGUGUCAGAGCCGCAGGCAUGGCGUUCUAUCAAUUUUGGAACUCCGGAUUUGGAUUAAUUGCUGCAUUCGUUCUUCCAAUAUCUAUGACAUCCGUUGGAUGGAAAUUUUACAUGAUUAACGCAGGAUAUGAUAUUAUAUUUUUACCCAUCAUUUAUUUUCUCUGGGUGGAGACAAAGGGCCUUACCCUUGAACAAGUUGCAUCACUAUUCGGUGAUGAGGAACCAUGCACUUUAAAGCUGAAAGUAACUGAUGCCGAUGACACAAGUGACUCUGUCAAAACAGAACUUCGCAGUAGGUCUUAG